AUGUCUCCCUUCGAAAAUAAAGGGCUAAUACUGGGCAUAAUGGCAGGGACUGCUGGAAUAAGCCUGAUGGUGAUUUGGUACCGUAAGAUCCGAAAACCUGGGGCAGCUGUGCGUAUACCUGUGCUCCUAGAUGCAAGUAACAGGCUUAAUUCUGUGGGCUUGCAAAAUGAACCUCCUAAUGAGCAAGGAGCAGUAAUGGUUUUACAUGGAAGGCAACUGCAGAUACUAGAAAAAUUGAAUGACUUGCUAGUGAGUGUGGACGAACUGAAGAGAGAGGUAAAAUUUCUGAAAGAAGCUAUUCCAAAGCUUGAAGAGCUUGUUCGCAAGGAGCUUCAAGGGAAGGGAGAUGUUCAGAGGGUUAGCCCAUCACACAGAGCAACGAAGCGGAGAAAAGCUGAGACAGCUUCUGGUGCAGCAGAAACUACCAGCUCUGAGGAGGCAGAAAGUGAAGGAGGUUAUCUUACAGCUUAUACUGAUUCUGAAGGAGACUCUGAGGAAGAAAAGGAGUUCAAGAAAUCACCCGAUGCCAUUGCGAAAUCGGAGGACAUAGAGUUAUUUGAUUUUUUACAGCGGGUGGACAAUUUGCACAAGGGUUCAGAGGAUGACAAAAAGGAGGGCUUCAGACUGCUGCUCGAGAAAGAUGACAAGUAUGAAAACUGUGUGGACUUUCUUUGGAGACUUGCACGUGCUUAUGGAGAUCUGUUUGACAUGACUGCUGAUGCUAAUGAGAAGAGGAAAUAUGUUGCUGAUGGAAAGAUUAAAGCUGAAAAGGCUGUGCAGCUGGAUGACAGGAGUGCUGAGAGUCACCAGUGGUUUGCAAUUAUGUGUGGCUAUAUGUCUCAGUUUGAAAGUGUACAAAACAAAAUCAGGAAUGGUUAUCUCUUUAAGGAGCACCUAGACAAAGCAAUUGAACUUAAGCCUCAAGAUCCUUUUUUAUAUUACCUUAAUGGAAGAUGGUGCUAUUCAGUAGCUCAGUUGUCUUGGAUUGAAAAGAAAGUAGCUGCCACUCUCUUUGGGACUCCACCAACUUCAACAGUAGAAGAAGCAUUGCAGAAUUUCCUUAAGGCAGAAGAAAUGCAUCCAGGAUAUUCCAAAUACAAUUAUGUGUAUUUGGCAAAGUGCUAUAAAGAUCUUGGCCAGAAAAACAAUGCACUGAAGUACUGUGAUUCUGCACUGUCGAUUCUUUCAGUUACUAAUGAGCAUGACACACCUCUUGGUCUGGAAGGACUCUUUCCAAAGGAUAAAGAGGCCCAGAAAGACUUAGAGGCUUUACUUCUCACACUGAAGCUGUGA